AUGACCUUUCCAUUUCGAAAAAUGAUGAGUAGAAUGAGCAAGCGAAUUUUACGUCGAUCGUCGCUUAGAGUUAUCUGCUGUGUUACUAAAAGGGACAGUUCGACAUCGGCAAAAUUAACCUCAAGUUAUUAUCAUAAUGUCUCGUCGGUACCAUUAAUUCAUAAAACAUUAGGUCAAGUUUUUGAUGAAACAGCAAAGAAAUAUCCUGAGCAUGAAUGUUUUGUUUUUAAAGGUGAACGAAAGCGAUAUACAUACAAGUCGUUUCAAGAUGAAGUUGAUAGUAUUGCUGCUUCGCUACUCGAAUUAGGCUUAGAAAAAAGUGAUCGCAUUGCUGUUUGGCUUCCGAAUACAUCCGAGAAUGUAACAAUGUCAUUUGUUGCAUCAAAAUUAGGCCUUAUCAAAGUGAACAUAAAUCCUGCGUAUGUUGAGCGUGAACUCGAAUAUUGUUUGAAUAAAGUCGGCUGUAAAGCUCUUGUUCUUGCACCAACAGUUAAAUCCAUUCAAUCUCUAGCUAUUCUUCGUCAACUCCUGCCGGAGCUCGAUCAAAGCUCGUCAUUCAAACGUGUACCUUCAUUGGAACACAUUAUUCUGACCGGUAAAUCAUCUUCAACAGUACCAAAAAGUACACAUUCAUAUGAGCAUUUAUUAAAACAUGGUGCAAAGAUUUCGCAUUCGAAACUUCAACUAUAUCAAUCUACUAUUGAUCCACAUGCACCUCUUGCUAUAUUUUAUACAUCAGGAACGACGGGUCAACCCAAAGCAGCUACGUUAACUAAUUUCAAUAUGAUUAAUAUGUCACAAAAUAUAUCCCAUCAUGUGGGCAAGCAUUUCACCCGUUUAUGUGCACCUAUUCCGAUGUUCCACAUAUUUUCGGAAGCCGUUGGUGUAUGCAACCCCCUCGUAGCAAAAUGUCAAACAGUUUUUCCGGCUAUUCUCCCUAACCCCGUGGCAACAAUGCGCGCUAUUGACGAAGAAAAAUGUACCGCUUUGAUUGGUGCUCCUGUAAUCUUUCGUGAUAUACUAAAUCAUGUCGAUCGAAAGAAAUAUAAUUUAUCUUCGUUGGAAUAUAGUGCACUAGGUGCUUCACCGGUUCAUGUGGAUUUCCUACGUCAAUUAGAACAAGAAAUACCUAUCCAACGUGUUGGUCAAGUUUACGGAAUGACAGAAAACUGUGCUAUUCUUUCUAGCAGUAUGUGGGCAGCUGACGGUGACACACGGCGCUAUUCAUCGAUAGGUCGAGCUAUGCAACAUAUAGAAAUGAAGGUUGUCGAUCAACAGGGAAACCCGGUGCCGAUUGGUGAAUCAGGUGAAGUCUGGGCACGAGGUUUUCCCAUUAUGUCUGGGUAUUACAAUGAUACGGAUAAAACAAGAGAAACUGUAACUGAAUCAGGGUGGCUUCGAACAGGCGAUGAAGGUCGAAUGGACGAAGAUGGUUUUCUGUAUUUUAUCGGUCGUCAAAAAGAUAUUAUUAUUCGGGGUGGUGUCAAUAUUUAUCCGAUCGAAAUUGAAAAAGCUAUUAUGGAACAUCCAAGCGUUGCUGAAGCACAAGUAUUUUCCAUUCCCGAUGUCCGACACGAUGAGGAAAUAUGCGCAUGGAUUAAACUGAAAUCUGACGCUGCCCGAUGUCAACCUGAAGAUAUGGUCAAAUUUCUUUCGACUAAACUUGCAUUUUUCAAAAUCCCAAAACACAUUCGUUUCGUGGACAAAUUCAUUGUGACAGCAACAGGUAAAGCGCAGAAGUUCAAGAUGACACAAUCGAUGAUCGAUGAACUGAAUCAAAAAUAA